GGUGAGUUCAGGGAAAGACGGAGCCACCCUGUCAAUCACAAUUAAGGAACCAUGGGAGUAAACUGGUGAGGAAGCUCGGCGGAACCACUGUGUUUACCGUGAAGAUUGUUUUAAUUUGCGCAGAAACUACAACUAUGCACCGUUACACUGUGGGACAUUUACAUCUGAUCUCGCCAACUGGGAAUCGCUCCACUUUGACGGGAAUUAGCAUGAGGCGUUACAUAUAACAACAAAAACUUACCGACUCUCAUUUGCCUGCGCCUAUUUUUUUGCCCCCACAGCGUUCCAGUUUGAACAAAAUACACAAGUCAUCGUUGAUAUUUGUACAAAAGGCGGUGCCGCGGACGGUUUAUAUUAACUCCAAGCUCAGGAUAUACCAGCUUAUUUGACUACAAUUCGUAAAAAAAAUCUGGUCUUGUCUGUGAGUCGACUUUCGAAGAAGGAGUGACGGUACAAGAAGACACUCCCAAAAACAAACGAAGCCAGAUCUCUCCGCACCAACUCCAAGGAGAGCAAGAAAGGAGCAGAUAUGAGUGGGGGAGAUGUAGUGUGCUCAGGGUGGCUGAGAAAGUCUCCUCCUGAAAAAAAGUUGAGACGUUACGCAUGGAAGAAGCGGUGGUUUGUUCUUCGCAGUGGGCGUCUGACAGGCGACCCAGACGUGUUGGAGUACUACAAGAAUGACCAUGCUAAGAAGCCCAUCCGUGUGAUUGAUCUCAACUUGUGUGAGCAGGUGGACGCUGGGCUGACGUUUAACAAGAAGGACUUGGAGCACAGCUUUAUAUUCGACAUCAAAACCAUUGACCGUGUCUUCUACCUGGUGGCUGACACCGAAGAAGAGAUGAAUAAGUGGGUUCGCUGCAUCUGCGACAUCUGUGGUUUUAACCCCACUGAUGACGAGGCAGCAAAAGCUGCUCACCAGUCAGCCAUCGGGGGCCUGGUGGUGGACACCCCACCACACCCAGCACUGGGUCAUAUUGUCGGUCCACCAGCGAUGCUGUCCAGUGUGCCCCCUCCAUACCAGCCGGUCAGAGUGCGUCACCUGGACUCUCAGUCCAGUUCAGAUGAGCCCCAGGAUUACCUAUGGCUGGUCAACUGUGAGAGCAAAAAGCCUGAACCCAACAGCUCAGUGCAGCUUCACUCUCCACUGGAGGGAGACCAGGAGUAUUUGCUUCUGGAGGAGUGUGAGAGCAAGACUCUUCCUCCCCAGGCUAGUCUAGCCCAUGCUGAGUGUUCCAAGUCUACCUCGUCAGAGACAGACCUGAAUGACAACGUCCCCUCUCACCGCACGCCCACAUCCGCCACCUCCUCAGCUAAACACACCUCACACAACGGCUUCUUCCCACAGUACCCGGCGCCUGCCUCCGCCUCUUCCAUCUACGACUCGCCUCCAUCACACGGUGCCUCGCUCUCAACUGACGGCGGCCUUUACCACCUCCCUCGAAGCUACUCCCAGGACACUGUGCUGCUCCCAAAGUCAGCCUCUUCCCCUCCGGCCCAUCCAGACAGCGGGGAUGGCUCUGAGCUCUAUGUCUUCAACACACCGUCACGGAAGCCCUCAAUGGAGUCACAGAUGCGUAACCUUUCCAUCAGUUAUGAUAUCCCACCUACACCUGGCGCAAACUGUACCUACCAGGUGCCCCGCACUUUGUCAGUGUCGACAGGGGUAGGAGGCUCAGAGGGUGGGGGAGAUGUAGUACCCCCUCCCAGACCACCCAAGCCUUCGCUCAGUUCCACCUCAGGACCUCCACCCCCCCCUGCUGAGCGCUCACCUACGGACACCUAUUGUGUGCCUCGCUCAGCAUCAGAGACGGAUGGAAACUACUGUGUGCCUACUAGUGCUGGGAAUAAGGCUUUACGCAGCAACACUAUUGGCACUGGGGACUGUUCACGCCUCCGCAAAGAUUUUGGAUCCCAGGACUGCUAUGACAUUCCUAGAUCAUUCCCCUCUGAGAAAAGCUGCUCAUUUGACUUCAAUGAAAGCUUCAACUGCUACUUUAAAAACAAAGGAAUGAUGCCAGUGGGCAGCCAGUCCACAGAAGAGGUAGACCAGAACUAUGUACCCAUGAGUGCCAACUCCCCGUCACACCACCACUCAGGCAGUUUGUCGGAGCCGAUGCACGAACCGAACUAUGUGCCCAUGACCCCAAGCACCAUGGAGUUCUCAUCCCUGGGAAAGCAGGUCCCCCCACCCGCCCACAUGGGCUUCCGCUCCAGUCCCAAGACCCCUCCUCGCAGGCCAAUGCUCAGUGAAUGCCAGCCCCCACCUGUGGACCGAAAUCUUAAACCUGACCGCAAAGGUCAGAGUCCUAAAAUAAUAAGAGCAAAAGGUGUCGGUUUAGAGCGAACCGACUCUCAAACCGUAGGUGAAUUCCCGAGGGGACGACGCAAGGGAAGACCCGCUCCACUGGAGAUCAAACCAGUGCCGGAAUGGGAGGAGCCCUGUACGCCUGUACGCUCGCCUGUCACACGGUCAUUCGCUCGGGAUCUCUCUAGGUUCCCAAUGCCAACGAGACCCCCGUCAGUGCAUAGUACGGCCUCCAGCACUGACUCUGAGGACUGUGAUGAGAAUUAUGUACCCAUGGUCUCUAAUAUGUCCACAGAUGAACCAAACAUGAAGCUUGGUGCCCCGAUGACUGCUGAUGGUGGAAGCAGCCCUAUGGUGAAGCCAAAGGGAGACAAACAGGUGGAGUACCUGGAUUUGGAUCUUGACCCCGGCAAGUCUACCCCACCUAGGAAGAUAAAAAGCAAUGGGACUGGAAUGGCAGUGUCAGAUGAGCGUGUUGACUAUGUGGUUGUGGACCAGCAACGGACACAGGCCCUUAAGAGCACCCGGGAGGCCUGGAACGAUGGCCGCCAAUCCACAGAGACAGACACCCUUUCCAAAGGACCCAAGUGACCCUGUUGUCCCAACCGACAUCCCACCCUCCAAACUGCCAAACCAUCGGGCCUUUUACACUAGUGUAGGCUCUGGUUUGUGCUUUGGGACGGUCCAGCUGUCACGUUCCACCUCAGCAAGAUCCUUAAUGUUUAGGGCCAGUGGAGCUUCGUAGCCAUCUGUGUUUAGUUUACGCUGCUGUCAGGUCUAGGGCAGCACUGUGUGUACAGUUGUAGGAAGGUGUGUGAGCCAGGAAUAAGCUGCAUGCAGUAUGAAAGCAGGUGGAAUGACUGGACUUGUCUUCGGGGUUUGACUUAAGCAGACUCACGAAACUUUGAACAUUCACUGCCUCCUAUAUUGGAUUACAGUUUGUUUUUUUCAACUUUCAAUGGCCGGUGGGCUGAUCCACAGUUAACAUUUCCUUAAGUUAUAAUGCUAUUUGUUAUUUUGAAGUGUAAGUGAAAUCACUUGAUAACAUGAUGACAAUACUUUAUCAGUGCAACACUCUACUACUUAGCAUAGCUGGUUAACUGUUGAUUUUUCAGUAUCUUCUGUUUGAGCGGAGUGAAGUUUCCAUGGGCACUGGUCACAGGUCAGUUUUACAAUUUUUUCGCUGAGUUGGUUUAAAUUGCUGAAACUCACCCUGAUCUGUGUCUAACGGAAACUUCAAACCUGAUCCCCAAGAUAACCCAGUACGACAGAAUUUCAUAGUUUUAUUACUUUAUUCUUUCAAUGUAAAGGCAGUUGAACUUGUUCAUUUUACAUGUAACCAAGUGCUCAAUGCAAGCUUUGGAUUCACUCAAGGUUUAAUCCACUGAACAUGAUUUGAUUUCCAUUUACUUUGUACAUGGAGAUGCUUCAAUCUGUUAUAAUGGAAGUGCAAAGACUGUACAAAAGUGUUAUGUAUAUAAACACGAAAAGUGUCCUUUAUUUGUAUGGAAUAUCCAGCGUGUUUGACUCGAAGGUAUGUGGAUUCUGCAGGGUAGAAUCCGGUACCUGUCUUAGGUGGUAUCAGGACUUGUGAUUAAUGAAUGAAUUACUGUGAGUUUUUAAAAGAACGUGACAGGUUUUCUAUAAGUUAUACAAAGGUAUCAAACUUAGGCUAGAGAGAGAAAAUCAGGUACUAAUAAUACAACUAUCCAUUUCUAAUUUAUUUUUCAAGUUAUUUCAUCAGGUGGAUGUUGUGUCCACUUUUAGCUCAGUAUUCUUGAUUUAUAUGGAGGAACAUUUGCUAAGGUCUAUUAAAAUGCUUAGUUUGACAAGCGCAAGCAAUUAUUUUCACAAGUUCUUUGAUAUUCCUCAUUUCUCUCUCAUCUUAGGUUUAAUUUAUUUCAAAUUGAACUGGCAUACAGUUUUGGGAAAUUGACUGCCUCAUGUAGUCAACUUGAUACAUUUUCUAUAGACAGUGAAAAUGUCUUUAUGUCUGCAUAAGUCUGUGCUUUACUAACCUGUGAACUCUCACUCAGAAAUCCCAAGCAUGUGCUACCACAAGAUAAAAUCAUUGCUGUACAUAUUUUGCCAUCAAUUAGAUUAACAUGUAUCAUUUGAAAAAUGUGCCUACUAAGUCAAAUUCAUUCUACUUCACUCUUUCCUCAUUGCAGUCUCUUUGUGAUACGGACUGCAAGGCUGAUGAUGCUUUAUCUUUUUUUAAUGAAUCUCGACAGAAAAUGUACAUUUUAAAAGUGGACUAAAUAAAAUCCAUCCUCUUA